CCGUGGUGAGGUGGAGAAGUGAAUGACUAUUGAAUCUUUAAUUUAAAUUUAUGAGGAAGAUUAAUAAUUCUCCGUAGUGUCUUGUUGUAUUAUUAUUAUUAUUAUUAUUAUUAUUAUCAGGUUACCUUGGUUAGUGAAUUAUCAGGAUUCAGUUGAGUCAUACCAGGUCUCUAUUUAAAGAUAAUUAUUCAUUUAGUAUUCUAUAAUGAAUAUCUGUUCUAUACUAGAUAUACUGCAUAGUACAGAAUACUACAUCUAAUAAGCUUGGAAAGUAACUACUACAGUACUACAGAGGUACAAUGAUCUACACCCACCACUCAUCCACUGUCCUCCCCAUCUUACGCAGCCAUCUCCCCUACUCAGGAAGCUGUCUCCGGCGCAUCCAACACGCCGAUGCCUAUCCCACGCCGACAGUUCGCAUCUUGGCGACUUUCCCCCCUAGCCAACCUGUUUUGACGUCUACCUCCACCGAGUCCGACGAGGACCCCUGGCUAGUCGCUUGUAUCGACCCCGGGCGCGCCCCAGAGACGAGCGUCUUCCUCUACUGCAGCCUCGAAAGGAACGCCACAGACAGAGGCGGCACAGAUGGAGCUGAAGAGGCGAAUGAUAAUGGGUACGAAUUCUCCGUCGACGAGCCUGUCAAACGCCUCGUCCAGGCCCGGCUCCGAGCUUUGCUUCGCGAGAUCCAGCGGCUCCACCGACUUCAGCCCGCCACAGAAUUGACAGCGGAGAAGAAUACUUCAGAAAUCACCGAUAACUACAACAGUAGUAAUGAUGAAAACGACAGGCAUAGUGAAAAUGGGAACCCCUUUCUUGCCACCCUCCAUCCAGCCUGUUUCGCCCUCCUAACCGUCUCAAACACCUUUGCAGACCCGCGACCCAUCCCGGGGCUCCGAGUCCAUCGUGUGACGAACCCGCCCUGGAUCAAAUACUUAUUCGAAAAGCAGACGGAACCUACGGAUACUGAACGCAUUGAAAGCUCUGUUCUUCCGCCCGGAUAUCGAUUCACUGAUACACACGGCGCCACGGGUGUCCAGCCGCGCCACCAUGCCCUUGUCCAGGCCAGCACGGAGAUCCGCCGGUCCGAGAUGACGCUCUCCCAGAUGCCGAGUGUAGCAGUAUACAAGGACAGUAAUGUCAUUGCCAACGAUGAAAGCAAACGUGAUCCUCAUACUGGGAAUUCCGAUGAGCCUGUCGGGUGGGCCUUUCUGAGCAUCUACGGUAGUGUGGCGGGGCUGUACGUCCAUCCUGCCCAUCGGGGACGGGGUCUUGCGGGCCUUCUUGCUCGUGAAGCGAUGCGGAAGGGGAUGCAGGAAGGGGGGAUCUUCCAUUUACCUACAAGUGCGGGUAUGGAGAGCGAGAGAUACUAUUGUGCGGCGGAGGUUGCCAUGGCGAACACGGCGAGCCAGCGCGUGAUGGAGAAGAUGGGGGCAAGACGUACUGGGAUGGCGGCGUGGACGGUUCUGGAGGUGUCAGAAUAG